AUGGCUGCCGUCAUUGUACCACCAGACCAAGCUGGUCUUUUGGGUCCCAUCCUACCCGCUCUCCCGGCUGCGGCAGCCUCAACUCAGCCUGCCACCCAGGUCCUGCCUCUCCUGUCUCCUAUUCUCCGCCAGCGAGUUCAGAUCCUCUCCAGCUCGAGCACAGAGCCCUGGCUCCGCCUUCUUUGCUAUGAUGCCAGCAAAUCCUCUCAGCUAGCAGACGUUGCCCGAGGCCCUGCACUCGAGCCGCACCCCGUCUCUGGAGAAGUAGAGGUCGACUGGGGCUACGACGCUGAAACUCGCUACAGGCGUCUCGACAAAGAGACGCUCCAGGCACUUGUUGCUUUACCCCAUCUUGGCCUCGCCUUCCGGCUAGUAUACUGCAUCAACGACAGCGACAGGGGCGGUGACGGUGACGGUGACGGCGACGGCGGCGGCGGCGGAUGGCGUAUCGGCGAAGUCACUGUGACCGAUGAGCCAUCACCCUUUUCCACAUUUGGCGGAGCGUCCACAAUCGCCGAGGCCGAGCGUCAAUAUCGACAUAGCCAAGGCAGUAGGGAUGCUUUGCCGGUGAACGGGGGAUCUGCCGCAAAGUCUGUCCGCCAAGAAGAAGAGGAUGACAAUGAUUAUUGGGCGCGCUAUGACGCAACACCAGCCAGAACACCCGCCCAGAGCAGGUCGCCUGCUGCAGGGACGAACGGAAACACGAGCGCUACCCUCUUGCAGACCCUGGACAGUUUCAAAUCAACGUCAGCAGACGACGAUGGAUACUUUGCUCAGUAUGACAAUGUACAGCCCGCCAUGGACAACCACGACCCAGACGAAGAGGCACACGCGGCGCCAUUCAUGCCACCGCUUGGUUUGUGCCAGAAUGCGGCAUCGCCUCGGGCGACAGCAGCAGCAGCCGCCGCCGCGGUCGCUUCCGCCACGAAUCACUCUCUUCAAGCUGGCGGCAUUUACCCCGGCAUGUCCAACACGGACAUGGCGCUCGAACACCCGCGGCCGCACUCGAGCGCCUCGUCGAGCAGGUCAAACACCGUGGCGAGACUAGAGGAGACGGCCGGGAAGCAAGAGCAGAAUGAGUUUGGCGUCAAGCAACACGUCUCUCGCAGCAUCCGCAGCUUGUACAUGCUCUCCAAGGCAAGCGGUAUCGACCGCGACGAGUUUGAGAGGCUCGUGCAAACAGAGCUGCAACUGCUCGGGAUGAUGGACGACGGGGACUGA